AUGUUGUACGGACGGCCAUCGGAGACGCACCUCGAGAUGAUCAUACCGGCACCGGACCGGCUCAAGCAGAUUGCCUACAUGGUCGAUACGCCCGAGGACGUGCCCGAGCAGUGGCGGACGAGCAGCAAGGGCUAUGUGCGGACUGUCAGGCAAGACCGCAUCAAGGAGGCCCUCCCCGGCUUCAGACUCCUCCCGCUCGCCGACCCGUCGACUGGGUCCGCCCACGCCGCCGUGCUGUACGCCGAGGUGGCGCCCAACGGGGGCGGACCGGGCACCCAUGUGCACGAGUUUGACCAGUACUACUUUGUCCUCGAGGGCGAGCUGACGAUUGAGGUGGUCCUCCAGAAGCACAUUAUCACUCCGAACACGCUGGUCGUGCUCCCAGCCGGCGUCCCCCACCGGCAGUACAAUAAAGGCAAGGCCGUCGAGAAGCACAUCACCAUCGACACGCCACCGCCCGAGCCGGGUCGCUACUGGGACUAUGGUGUGGUGCUGGCCCCCAACGGCGUCAACCACGUUGGGAAGCUCAACGCGGCCGCGGAUGUGGAGGAUGACGCUUUGUUGUCUGUGUGA